UGCAAGACUGUACCCAGGGUUAAAAACCCUUCCCUCUGGUUGCUGCGAAUUUAGGCGCUCCAAAAACAAUGAGCCGCUUUGCUUUUUAUUUCCUUUUUCUCUUCUUGUCGGUAAAAAGCCCGAGUGUGAUUUUAUUCAUCUGCUUUGUCAUUUAUGUUUACGUUCAUUACAGGACGCGAUAGAGAAGGAAAAAAGCAGCGUGGCUGAAUGAGAUCAGACCUAUGGGGAUGAUGUAGGCGGUUUCUCUCAUCAGCCGCUCAUCUGUUUACAAACACGUCAAAGGCCUGUCGCCCUUGUCUCUACGGCUAUUAAAAGGCGUCAAAUCAAAGUGAUGGACUGUGCUGUUCCCAUCCCGGAGGACGACACCAGAAAACCAGGUCAGACGGGGGUGAUACCUUACCGGGCAGCGAUAAGAGCCAUUGGAUGGUUGAUAAGAGAUCCUAAUAAAGCAGAGAAACUCUGCUGUUCGCUACAGUCCAUCCUAACCUCACACAGACAGUUCUUCUUUGAUUUACCCUUCUUUGCAUCCUAAUGGGUCUCAUCCUUUCUACCUGGCCGAGGGGCCGAGUAGAUGACGAUGUCCCCCCAUCUACAACAGUUUUCCCUCUGCUGGCUGUACCGACCUCAUCCAGACUCACACUCACUCUGAGCUCCUCUGCAGUGUCUGUAGGAGACAGACGCUCACAGUGGAGCUCGCAGCACUGCUCACCGCACUUCCACCUUUCUCCCUGCAGGCAGAAAGCAACUCGCUCACCUGUUGAGCUCAGCAGUGAUGCAGUCAGGGCUGAGAUUGGAGUGAAAGGUGGGCUCCAUGUUUGGGAGGUAUCUUGGAACCCUGAUCACAGAGGAAGUCAUGCGGUCAUAGGAAUUUCAAGGCAGGACUCUCCUCUGCAUGGCUCAGGUUAUAAAGUACUGAUAGGUGGAGAUUCCCUGUCAUGGGGAUGGGAACUAAAAACCAAUCAGCUGUGGCAUGGUGGAAAACCUUUGGAUUGUUAUCCAUGUGAAAAAAAUAUGUUUUACUCUCAGGCUACACAAGACUUUGGACGCAAAUCCUCAAACUCACGGCACAGGAAAGAGUCAGAAACACCUUUAGUUAUUCCUGAGCGUGUCCAGCUGGUCCUGGAUGCUGAUGCCGGGACUCUGGGUUUUGCUGUCAAUGGAAGUUUCCUUGGUGUUGCAUUUAGGGACCUUCCUGCAGGAGUGGAACUGUUCCCGGCAGUAAGCAGCGUUAGGGGUGGAGCAAGGAUUGAAUUACGCUAUCUGAAUGGGACCACACGUAACCCUCCUGCCCUGAUGGCUCUUUGUGGACUAUCAAUUAUUCAGAAUUUAGGGGAACAAAGGUUGAACCAAGUGGACAAACUGCCUCUUCCACCUUUACUCCACCGUUACCUGCUUUUUUGUUUCUAAUUCCAUUGCACAUUCACAUGCAAUUAAUAAUUAAAUAAUUAUAAAAUACAUUUUGGGUAAAGGCCCCAUACGAGCCCUAUAGGGACUCACUCCCUCAGCUGCAAAUAAUAAUGUAAUAAAUUUAAAUGCAAGUUUUGAUUAACCAAUCUUUAAUAUAGAAAUAUUUUUCAUCACCUUAGAUCUAUCUUUUAUAUUAGGAUUUUAUUUUAAUUUUUUUUAUGAUAGAGCUUCAGAACAAAACACAGAUUCUAACAGCUGCUGCUGCUAUAAGGCAGACACUGCAACAUUCUGUUAGGGUGAAGAGAGUGCCGAGCCAAAAGGCAAAGCUCUCAAUUUACCAUCUACCUACCAUUACCUAUAGUCAAGGAAUCUGGGCCAUGACUGAAAGAAUGAGAUCCUUCGUACAAGAGGCUGAAAUGCUAGGAUGACGAUCUCAGCCUGAGGAGAGGCUUGGAGUAGAGCUGCUUCUCCUUUACAUCAAGACGAGUCAGCUGAGGUGUAUCGGACAUCUGCUCCAGAUGCCAUCUGGAUGCCUCUGGAGGUGUUCCAGACAUGUCCCACCUGGAGGAUGUCCAGUGGAUGAGGCAAGAGACUCUGGAGGGACUUCAGACAGGCUGCAAAUAUUUUUAAACCUAUCAAUUGUUGAAGUGGACUUGAAUAAAAGGAGCUAAAAAAGAAAAUACUUUUAAUCUCCAAUCUAGUUCUUUGGUUGUGAUACAUUUGUGUUCUGUAAAUACAAAUUUUUCAGUCAAAAUAAAGAGA